CCAGCAGUAGUUAUUUUAAAAACAAAUACGCAGUAGCUGGUAAUCUUAUGAACCUAGCAAAAUAUACGGCUGAUGGACCCGACGGCCAGUGGAGGACAAUGAAAAGCGCAGUUUUUCCUAAGAAAUACCGUUUCCCUAAAGACGAUAUAGCAGUCGUUGUAUUAAAUUAUGGUUUUGUUUUUAAUAGCAAUAUUGGGCCUAUUCCUCCCGCCUCAAGAAAUAUGGACUAUAAAGGAAAAUGUUUAGUGUCGGGAUUCGGAAGAACAGGGCAUAGGAAGAAGGACAUAGCAGACAGACUUCUAUUGGCGCAUUUAGAGUUAAUACCAAGUAGUUUGUGUUCAAGAAUACAUCGCAGACGGAUGGACAAAUUAAUAUGCACGUCAACAAUGCUUGCAGAUGUUGGAAAGGGCGAUUCAGGAGGUCCCUUAGUAUGUGCAGGGUCUGGUGACCCAAACGAUCAAGGCAAAGGCGUUUUAGUCGGAGUGGUCAGUGGACACAGCAGAGGCCGAAGUUCAUUCUUCACAAGAGUCUCAAGAUACUCCAAGUUCCUAAAAAGUGAAUCUAGUCCAAUAAUAAAUAAAAACGGCAUUGGACCAAUGCCAAUCUACUUACAUUUGUACAAUGCCAAAAAAUAUAUGGUCAUAUCAAUCAUUUUAAUAUAUGAAACAGUAUUCCCAUUUUAA